GCAGGGAGUGCGGGUGUCGGGUAUAGGGAGCGCGCGCGCGGUGCAAGAUGGACGAGUGGAUCCGGUAACUCGAACCCGAGUGUGUGUGUGUGUGUGUGUGUGUAUAUAUACAGUAUGAGAUAGAGAGAAAGAAAGAACAAGUACACAUCGCAACAGGUUGGUAAAGGCGAGCGCACGGAAUAAUACACAAUACGAGAGGCAAUAAUACACACACACACACACACCGGGGGCGGAGUACAGGUGCGCGCGCGAGAGAGUGUGUGUGUGUGUGUGUGCGCAGAGUCUGGACUGCAAAACGCAGUGUGUGGGAUUACCACGAGGAUUAGGAGGAGACCUGCAUACUGCACGACUGACAACAUGAUGCCGAUGUUUCUAACCGUGUUUCUCAGUCCCAGCGAGAAGCACUUCACCGAGGUACCUCUAACCCCGGAGACACUGUGCCGGGACGUAGUGGACGUGUGUAAAGAACCCGGAGAGACCGACUGCUACUUGGCCGAGAGCUGGAGAGGAUCAGAGCGAGCAAUUGGCGAUGGAGAGAGGAUGAUGGAGCUGCUGCAGCGCUGGGGCCAGCAGAGGUCCGAGAUCCGGUUCAUUCUCCGUCAUGAGCGAGCGCCCGGUCAUGACACAGGGGCUCCCAGAGGCCCAGAACUCUCACUAAAAAGGAACAUGCUGAAAAUUUCUUCUGAGACACACCUUGAGAACGGGAUGGUUCCUCCUCCUAUGGACAUCAGUCUGACGGAGCUGCAGGAGAUGGCAUCCCGACAGCAGCAGCAGAUCAGCGCGCAGCAGCAGGCUCUGGCGUCCAAGGAGCAGCGUCUUCGAUUUCUAAAGAUGCAGGAACAGCAGCAGCGGGAGCAGGAGAAACUGCGGCUGUUACGUGAGAAUGCUGAGAACCAGGAAGCCAAACUGCGGCGAGUUCGGGCUCUCAAGGGUCAAGUGGAGCAGAAACGCCUUAGCAACAGCAAACUAGUGGAGGAGAUCGAGCAGAUGAACGGCCUGUUCCAGCAGAAGCAGAGAGAGCUCCUCAUGGCCGUAUCCAGAGUGGAGGAGUUGAGCAAGCAGCUGGAGACAUUGCGCAGCGGCAAACUGGACGAAAUCACUGAACUCGAGAGACUCUACAAAGAGCUUCAGUUGAGGAACAAGCUGAACCAGGAGCAGAGUGCGAAGCUCCAUCAGCAGAAGGAGUGUCUGAGUAAGCGCACACAAGAAGUGGCGGGGAUGGAGCGGCGUCUGGCCGACCUGCGCCAGAGACUGUGGAAGAAGAAGGCAGCUCUACAGCAGAAAGAAAAUCUGCCACAGCCAGGUGAUGGACAGAGCUCUCAUCCUUCCUCAGUCUCCUCCAGAAUUGCCGCAGUUGGCCCCUACAUCCAGUCUCCCGCUCCUCCACUUCCUCCCAAACAGGACAUCCUGGUGAAGCCUGCCUAUCCGGAUGGCACAAGCACACUGCCCAAACCACUUACUAAAACAACCGGUAAAAUCUCCAAGCUAUCUGAAUGGAGUGUGAGUGGUGAGAUCAGUAGUUCUGGGGGGUCACAGCGAGGCUACGCCUCCACCCUGCCUCGUAUGAGCAGCCACAGCUCUAUGCAGAAAGAUCCAGAGGCAGAUCAAAAGCCACCGCCAACACUUCCAUUACGGAAGAAUCAGAGCAGCGAGGACCUCUUAAAUGAUGGCAAGGUUGGAGGUAAAGUGCCCCCUCCGGUUCCCAGCAAACCCAAAUUAGGCCAGGCUGGCUUCCCCAAGCCCUGCUUCCCCACUGGCACCUUUCCAGGCAAAGCCAGACCCACUCACCAGCUGGCCCCCCACUGCCCGAAGGCACCAAUGCCCGCCGCCACCGUACGGCCCUUCAGCGUAGAGGGUUCAGCAAGCAAAGCUCCCUCUAUCCAGAAACCUCAGACGUUGGCAGCCAGCUCCAUCUACUCCAUGUACACGCAGCAGAGCUCACUGGCUAAGGGCUACCAGGGCCAGAGCACUCUGACACGCUCGCAACCUCGUGUGUAUGGAAAACCAGUCAUCCCAUCCAGCAGAGGGCAGCACACUCACUCCCAGGACUUCAGCCACAAUGAGAAAGGCAGCUCCAUCGAGUCAGAUCAGUUGGACCAGGCCAUCAGCGGCGGUCCCAAUGAAGGCAUCGAGUCCGAGCGAGCACCGCGCCCGCUCAGCCCCACCAAGCUGCUACCGUUCCUGAUGCACCAACACCGCCUGCAGAGUGACGCUGAACUUGAUACGCCACGCAGGCGGCUGCUGCAUGCACCCCGCCCGUUAAAGAAGCGCAGCUCCAUCACGGAGCCUGAGGGACCCAAUGGACCCAACAUACAAAAACUCCUUUAUCAGAAGACCACGCUGGCGGCCAUGGAGAUGCCGGAGGCUAGCACGGGUGCCAGCGAGGACACAGGUUGGCUCUCCGGUGGACCUCAGCAGGCAUCGGAUAUGCACAGGGCUGGAGAGGAGGAAGCUCAGACUCCGACUCCGCUUCCACCACACUCGUCUGCCACAGAACAGACCAGAAGACCUGAACUAAAGGAGGAUGAUGACCAGGAAGUUGGUUGUUCAGUCCCUGCUGAGGAAUACCCUCCAUAUCCCCCGCCCCCAUACCCUAGUGCAGGUAACCAGGAUGGGCAGGACGAGGAAGAGGAGAGUGGCAUGAAGGCACCGGAGGUCACAGGACAGGUCACACUGCUGCCGGGGAAGAGAACGAACCUGCGGAAGGUGGGGUCAGAAAGGAUCAGCCACGGCAUGCGGGUGCGCUUCAAUCCACUAGCCCUCCUUCUGGACUCCUCACUAGAGGGUGAAUACGACCUGGUGCAGAGGAUCAUCUAUGAGGUCGAGGACCCCAGCAUGCCCAACGACGAAGGCAUCACGGCGCUCCACAACGCAGUGUGCGCAGGUCAUACGGAGAUCGUCAAGUUCCUGGUGCAGUUUGGAGUCAACGUUAACGCUGCUGACAGUGAUGGCUGGACGCCCCUGCACUGCGCGGCUUCCUGUAACAACGUUCAGGUGUGCAAGUUCCUGGUGGAGUCGGGCGCGGCUGUGUUCGCCGCCACCUACAGCGACAUGCAGACUGCGGCAGAGAAGUGCGAGGAGCUGGAGGAGGGAUAUGCACAGUGCUCACAGUUCCUCUACGGUGUGCAGGAGAAGAUGGGGGUGAUGAACCGUGGUAUCGUGUACGCUCUGUGGGACUACGAGGCAGAGUACGCUGACGAGCUCUCGUUCAUCGAGGGCGACUGCAUAACUGUGCUGAGGCACGAGGACAAAGACGAGAGCGAGUGGUGGUGGGCGCGGUGUGGAGACAACGAAGGCUACAUCCCUCGCAACCUUCUCGGGCUGUAUCUGCGGAUCAAACCCAGACAGAGAAGCUUAGCCUAAACCUCGCCAUGAUGCAGUCCCAAUCCAACCAUCGUGCCCUCUAAAAGCAAAGGGCUGAAGCCAACAAGAUACUCCGAAGUGCUUCUUCUCCACACACUGGUGCAUUUCUCCAAAAAGCUUCACAUUUAGGAUUUGUUAAUUCAUCGUCUUCAGGAGCACAAUGGAGAAUUAGGAGACUUUUUAAUAGUCAUAUCUGAUGAUUGUUUGACAACCACAGUUCUUAGCCUUUCUAGAAUAUGAAUGUAUUAUUUGCACAUCUAAGUUAUUUACCGGUCUAUAGGCGUGAUGGUAUGUUUUAUUUUUGAUUAGAACACAGUCCAUCAUGGUAUCAUGUGACCAUCGUUUGCCGUUCUUUUUUUGGCUUGUUUUUCGCUGACAAGUUGCUAGAAAGCAGUGUUGUACAACUGAGUGGACGAUUGCUUGAGGAAAUGUAUGAACCAUUUACACCUUUUGAACCUGACGUGCAGACAUCACAGACUUUUCCCCAACAUCCUGUGCUUGGGAUCCACUGAGCUGAAAUGAUCUGCCAGAAGGUCCAGCAACAAAUUAAUUUCACAAUUAAUGCAGAUGGAAGGAAAAGAUACCCAGACACUCCAGGUGCAGUCCUAAAGGAAAUUCUGGAAAAGGAAUAACUGUCUCAAUACUCCAAGGACGAGAAUACAGUUUCAGGAAAAUGAGGUGAAGAACCUGUCUGAGAGCUUAACUAACCAGAAAAAAAAGCAUCUUAACUAAGGGAUUUAACUUUGAUAAAACAUUGAAGCAGGCACCGGUAUUAGACCUCACCAUGGCCUCAGAGUCAACCAUCAGGAACAACAAAUUGAAUUGAGCAAGUCGGGAUGGUGAAGGCACUCAAUAGUGCUAAAACACCCCUUUACAACAUCCAAGAAAGGAAGGUGGUGACAUCUCUAUGAAGAAGGACUACAGGGGUCUACCAUGCCAAGGUGACCAGUCUACUCAAUGCCACUGAUACAGGAAGGAAGAUUCCCCACUCAGACUUGGAACCCACUAGUUGGCAACACAAUCCAGUACUUCACAGGAUUUUAUCUAAACUGGACAUGAAACUCGUAUAAAAAAAUGUGGGUAAUUGUCAAAUUGCUUUAUUAUAAUAUUUUAUUUUAUUUAAAGUGACAGGCAUGAACCAGUCUUUUAUUGGUCUCUAAAACUCCUAGAAUUAUGGGUCCCCACAUUGGAGGAUCCAGUUUGUUGUCUCCGGAAUGCGCUUAGUCAAAUAAGUGUGUGUGUGUGUGUGUGUGCGUUGGUGUGCAGGAGGAAAUGGUGUGAUGAACCUUCGCAUUGUGUACAUGCUGUGGGAAUGCAAGACUCAAUACCUCAUCAACGCCUAGCAGGAUUUUUGCAAGCAAUGUUCAAAGACUCAAACAGACCAAGAUGAAACUGUAAUAUCCUACACAUCACUUGACACUUCACAUGCAUUCUCACAUCUGAGGCAGUCCAUCCUGUGAAGAAAAGGCCACUGCAUCAGGGCACGUUGUCUGACAGAACCAACCAACAUGUACCAUACUCGACCUCUGCCGGUUUUACAUUCAGAAACAACGCUGUGCCAUGGUUUGACCUGUGCCCCUUUACUGUGUCCAGUCACUACAUGGAAAAAAGAAGCAGAGAGCAGCAGAGCUCCUUUAAAGGAACUACACCCAACUGCUGCGUGUCAGGGUGUUAAUGAAGCCUUUUGAAUGUGAGAUGAAACGUACAGACAUUUUUAGGCAACCGUAAAGCACCUUCAGGAUGAACAAAUGUAGCUUAGGCUCCGCCCACACUGAUAAAAAAUUCACGUCCAUGUUCUGUCACUUUUUUAUCAUUAUUUUGCUGUAUAUGUUUAAGAAGUUCAGUGGGAAAACAUGGGGAUUAUGUUUGUCUGCUCAUUAAUAUAAUUUUUAAAUCUUUAAAUGUUUAAAAGAUUAAAAAUGUCACUAUGGUGCUCAAUAAUGUGGAAAAACAAGUCUGGUUCAUGAUAAUUUACAUUUUGUUCAAAAUAAAAAUAAAUGAAUAAAUAAAGCCUUUGUAUUUAA